AUGUGUGCUGUAGAGGGAUCAUCAGUGGAGCUUCCCUGCACUUACUCAUAUCCCAGUGAUGAGAAAGUUGAACACACAUUCUGGUAUUAUGUUCGUCCAAAUGAGGAUCCACAGGAUCUGAGUCAGGAAGAGGAGUUUACUGGUCGAGUGGAGUAUGUUGGAGAUGCAGAGAAAAACUGCACUCUGAGAAUCAGAGAACUGAGAAAGAGUGAUUCUGGAGAAUAUCGCUUUAGAUUCAGCACUAGUACUGAAAGAGGGAAAUUCUCUGGUAAACCAGGAGUCAUUGUGAAUGUUACAGAUCUGCAGGUGAAAGUGAGUCCCACCCCAAGAUCAGAGGGACAGACGGUAACACUGGGCUGCAGCACCAUCUGCACUUUGCCCAACAACCCCACCUACAUCUGGUACAAGAACAGACAGCCUGUAACCAACAAACCCACCAAACACAACAAACUCUACCUGGAGUUGGCAGAGGGUGAGGGUGGACUCCAGUAUUCCUGUGCUUUAGGAGGUCCAGAGGAGAGUACAAUGUCAAAGCAUGUCACAGUGGGAGUGGCAGUCUGUCUGGCUCUAAUACUCAUCACAGGAGCUCUGUGGAUGUGUAAGAGAAACUACAGCUCAGCUACAAACCUGCCUCAGGUCAAAGGUUCCUGCACUGUGUGCAUGAGUGGUGUUAAUACUUCAAACCAUGACCUGCAUCAAUCCCUGCUGAGAGGAGCCCUUGCAGCAGAUCUUACAGAGAUCUUACAGAGACACCAGAGAAACACGUCCGACUAG